AUGCGCCCCAUCCUGCUCAAGGGCCACGAGCGCUCGAUCACGUGCGUGAUCUACAACCGCGACGGCGACCUCAUCUUCACGUCGGCGAAGGACGGGCGGCCGACGCUCUGGCUCAGCGAGAGCGGCGAGCGCGUGGGGACCUACGAGCUGCACAACGGCGCCGUCUGGCACCUGGACGUGUCCUGGGACUCGAAGCUGCUCGUGUCCGGGUCGGCGGACAUGCACGCCAAGGUCUGGGACGUCGAGACGGGCGCCGAGCUCGCGUCCUUCGAGCACAGCGGCCCCGUGCGGUCGUGUUCUUUCGACGAGAGCGGCCGCCGCGCGCUGACGAUGUGCGACGCCUUCGGCGGCCUCGACGUCAAGUGCCAGAUCGUCCGGUGGAUGCCGCUGGGCAAGGCCAUCCUCUGCGCCUUCGAGGACGGCCAGAUCAAAAUCCACGAUUCCCUGAGCUUCGAGGAGAUCAAGUGCGUGCCCGCGCACGACUCGAAGAUCCAGUGCGUGUCGUUCAACCUCACGCAGACGAUGCUCCUGACGGCGUCCGCGGACCAGACGUGCAAGAUGUGGGACCUCCACGACUGGACGGAGCUCAAGAUGUUCCGCAGCGACCGGCCCCUCAACGCCUGCGUCUUCAGCCCGACGAAGGAGCACGUGCUCGUCGGCGGCGGGCAGGACGCCAUGUCCGUGACGACGACGUCCGGGCGCCAGGGCAAGUUCGAGACCCAGUUCUUCCACCUCGCCUACGAGGAGGAGUUCGGCCGCGUCAAGGGCCACUUCGGCCCCAUCAACGCCCUCGCCAUCGCGCCCGACGGCAAGAGCUUCUGCUCCGGCGCGGAGGACGGCUACAUCCGCCUCCACCACUUCGACGCGGACUACGUCGACAUGGGCGACCCCGUCCCCGAGGACGAGCCCGGGUCCGCCGAGUAG